GUCGGCGGCAGGGCAGGGCAGCCUGCAAAACACCAAGCGUUUGGGGGAAAACAAGAGCCAAAUCAAAUCGGCACUUGUCUUCUUCUUUUAUUUCCUCCUCGCCCCUCUUCCUCUCCUUCGCACCCACCGCCCGAGAUCUCCCCCCCCGCCCGCCUCCGGCAAUGGCCUCUCCCGGACCAGCCCCCGCCGGCGAACUCCUCCGCAUCGACCCCAUCGAGCUCCGCUUCCCCUUUGAGUUGAAGAAGCAGAUCUCGUGCUCCAUGCAGCUGUCGAAUCUCAGCGACGACUACGUCGCCUUCAAGGUGAAAACUACGAGCCCAAAGAAGUACUCUGUGCGGCCUAACACCGGGGUUGUCUUGCCACGAUCUACUUGCGAUGUUGUUGUGACAAUGCAAACACAGCGAGAGGCUCCACCUGACAUGCAGUGCAAAGAUAAGUUCCUAGUCCAGAGUGUUGUUGCACCAUCUGGUAUAAAUGUGAAGGAUGUCACGGGAGAAAUGUUUGCCAAGGAGUCCGGAAAUAAGAUUGAAGAGGUGAAAUUGCGAGUCACCUAUGUUGCUCCUCCACAGCCACCAUCUCCAGUUCCUGAAGAAUCAGAAGAAGGUUCCCCAUCUAGGGGUGAAUCAGAAAAUGGAGAUGGUCCUGCUGGGGGAUUCACCAGAGCACUGCGAGAACGCAUUGAGCCUCAAGAAAAAUCUUUAGAGGCUGGAGCUUUGAUCUCCAAGUUGACCGAAGAAAAAAAUUCUGCAAUUCAACAGAACCAAAAGAUUAGACAGGAACUUGAUAUGAUGAGACGGGAAGUCAGCAAGAGGCGCGGUGGAGGGUUUUCCUUUGUAAUUGUCUUAAUUGUAGCUUUGAUCGGGAUCUUCCUGGGCUAUAUGAUGAAGUCAUAAUUCUUUCAGUCCUUAUCACCUUGGCUAUACCGAAGAGAACUGGAUUUGAUUCAUGCUAGUCGUGUUUGGGAACUUGAAAAGACCAUUCGAAAUCAAAUGUCUUCAAGUUCUCAUUUCUGUUUUGUCAAUAUAGGAAGUCAUGUAUGAGAAGUGUUUUGCCUUUUAAGCUUCUUUUGUUGUUAAUUUUAUUGGGUGUGUUAUGCUCUUUGCUGACGCCGUAAAUUGGAAAAUGCAUUAGUUGCUUUUGUUAACAGUUUUUCACCUGAUGCCUGUGAAUUUGUCAGUUUGAAUGUGUGUCUAAUUUGGAAAGAUCAA